AUGAAUAUCAAGUGUAUGUGGUAUUGGAACCCCAAGUAUAACUUUAGUAGUGGCUUUAGACCCUUAAACUGUGAUAGUGAUAUUCUUAAGUUUGUUGAGGAUGUAAAGGGAUUUGACUUAGCGGAUGUGUAUGUUGAGCACUCAAUAGAAGUGAUAAAUGAGUUUGAAAUAGUAUGUUAUGAUGAGGACGAUGGUCCAAACUAUGCUGAUGAUGAAGUUGAUACUGAUGUUAAAAUUAUAAGUGAUCAUGAUGAGGCUGAAGUUGAAGUUGGAAGUGAACAUGUUGAGGCCGAUGUUUAUGUUAGAAUGGGUGAGAACAAGAAAUCAGAUGAUGGUGAUGAUGAUGAUGAAGACUAUAUUAGAAGUGAGAGUUGCUUAAGUAGUUUUAGUGAUGAUGAUUAUAAGUUCAAUGAGCAGGCUACCGAUGGAGAACAAAAUGUGGAUUUGGAUUGGACAACUGUUAUACCAUGUGAUGAUGCAAAGAGGUUAUGUGGAGUGCAACAAGAUCAACAAUUGUACCAGUAUGAGAAAGGGAAAUGGUAA